CUCUGAAAUAAUUCGACAACAAGUAUGCUAGGCCGAAUCUGAAUUCGAACCAACACAUGGAUCCUCUCAAAUUGCUGUCGCGAUCAAUCAAACGCUCAAAGACGGGAACGGUGCAGCGCAGCACACCAUCUAGCGGCCAGAAUGCAGCACCUCAGCUUUUCCCAGUGAAAGCCGAAGCUGUCGCACCAGGCUCGAAAAAACGGAAGCGAGGGGGCGACAUGAUCGAUGAUGCUUCCGCAGAGCUGGACUUCUUCGGUAGUGGACGGUCAAAUGCGAAAGGCGAAUCUCCUGCGGCGUCCGCAAAGCAGAGCGCGGUGGCAAAGCAGACCGACGAGGGCGAGAAAGACAAUUCAGCACCCACUUCGUAUCGAUUGCCCGAAGGAGAGCGCAAAAAUGUGCUGCGCCAGCACAAGUUGAAGGUUACGUGGCUCAACCCACCAGCAGUCGAGGACAAGGCACGCUCAAAGGGGAAAGAGAAAGGUGACAAGAAGCAAGCGAAAGCCGAAAAGCUGUCGAUAUAUCCACAGCCAUUACAAACCUUCUCGGAGCUUCGAGAGAUAUAUGGCGUCUCAGCUAGAAUCGCAAGCAAUGUUGAAGACCAGGGCUAUUCCAUGCCAACAGAGGUUCAACUCGGGGCAAUCCCACUUUUGUUGGAAUCACCCAGUGCGCUUUUGUCCACUACUGGCGUUCCGUCUGCCACAGAACACAGUCAUGUUGACCUGUUGACGGUGGCACCUACAGGCAGCGGAAAGACGCUUGCUUUUGCCAUACCUCUAAUGCAUAGGCUUCACCAAAUCAAGCGCGAGCGCAAUGAUACCCCGAGAUCUAUCUCCUCCAUUAUCCUUGCUCCCACUAAAGAGCUCGCCAGUCAGAUAGUGAACGAGUGCAAGAAGCUUGCUCGCAACACUGGGUUGCGCGUGACACAGGUUCGGAAGGGAAUGAAAUUGGCCAUGUCCACUACGUCAACACAUGACAGUGAAGACGAAGAUGACCAGCCUCCAGACAUUGGAAAGCCUUCUGGAACUGCAGUAAAGGCCGAUAUCCUUGUCUCAACGCCUGGAGCGCUCGCUGGCAUUGUCCAAGGUCUGCCACACGACCAGUCCGAAGCACUCUCAAAUGUUCAGCACCUGAUUCUUGACGAGGCCGACGUCUUGCUGGACCCGCUGUUUCGCGAACAAACGUUGGCGAUCUGGAAUGGUCUACCUCAUCCUGACUUGCGAGUCAGUUUGUGGUCAGCGACCAUGGGAAGCAACAUCGAAGAGCUGGCACAGUCGAUUAUGCAAGAGCGACGCGCUCGGAUUGCGCAGGGAGACGACGACGCCGCCGCUGCAGUUCCCCUUCUACGACUCGUGGUUGGUCUGAAGGACUCGGCCGUGCCAAACGUAGAGCACAAGUUGGUGUAUUCGGCUUCGGAGCAGGGCAAACUCAUGGGUCUCCGCAACCUCCUGCAUCCUGCCACAAGUUCAACAGAAUCUGGACCUCCAUUACUGCCUCCGUUCCUUGUUUUCACGCAAACUAUUGAACGUGCCGUUGCACUGCAUUCAGAACUGCUUUACGACAUACCCGCGGAAGCUGGCGGCAUCAGUAGGAUUGCUGUGCUACACUCAGACCUCUCGGAUGCAGCACGCGAUACUGUCAUGACUAAAUUCCGCAGAGGGGAGGUCUGGGUCCUGAUCACAACAGAUCUCCUGUCGCGAGGCGUGGAUUUCCGUGGCGUGAACGGGGUGGUCAACUAUGACAUCCCCACGUCGAGUGCAGCAUACAUCCAUCGCGUGGGACGCACUGGGCGAGCCGGACGCGAGGGUGGCGUGGCCGUUACACUGUUCAGCCAAGAAGACAUACCAUACAUGAAACCAAUCGCCAAUGUGGUCUCAAUGGCGCAGAAGCAGAAGGGCAAUCCGGACACUGGGGUUCAGAAAUGGUUGCUUGAUGCGUUGCCAGAUCUCAACAAGAAAGCGAAGCAGGAUCUGAAGAAGCACGGGGUGGAAACGAGAACUGCCCGAGGCAUGAACAAGGAUCCGCGAGCAGCUCGCAAAGCCAAGAUCAGCACCAAAGCUGGCUUUGUACGACGACAAGAGAACAAACGACGUGGUGCAAUCCUGGGCAGUCGUCGACGACGAGACGCGGCAUCGGCUGAACCGAACGAUCAAGGCGCAGACUUUGAUGGUUUCGAUUGAAGCAAUCUUUUUACUGCAGAUUGACAAAGAGGCCUCCGUCAACAAGAAGUUGCGCCCCAGAAACGUACUCACUCAGAUCACUGGCCAGGAACACAGCUGGUCCGGCCAGGUCUUUCGGCUGUCCCAGCCUGCCUAGCGGUAUGCGACCCUCCAUGUACUGUCGCUUCUCUUCGCUUGCCAAAUCCUCAUCGUUGAGUUGUGUCCGGAUCGUGCCCGGCAAUAGAGCAUUGCAUCUGAUGCCAUAUUUCCCCAAUGCACAUGCUGUACUCUGCAUCAAGGAUAAA